CUUUUGAAAGAACAUCUGUAAUUUAUAAGACAAGAUAGAAUGUAUACUCCAUGAAAAGAAGUUGCAAGCAUGUAAAUGCUCUACCCUUGCAAAAAAGAAAUUCAUUAUGACACCUUUCUUUAUUGUGUGAAAAUGCAAGGUGAAUGUCAAUCUAAUAUCCUAUCAUCACAAAGCACAGGGACGUCACCACAGGCUAUUGUUUCUUUAAGACAUAAGUUAGAUUCAGUUAUUUGGGUGCAGUGUGAUAAUCCUAACUGCUUGAAGUGGAGAAAACUGAGAAAGGAUACAGCGAAAGAAAUAUCAGAUGAUGUAUCCUGGACUUGUGAAAUGAAUGAAGAUCCUCAUUUCAGCAGUUGUCAAGUUCCAGAAGAAGACACCUAUUCUUAUGAUAAACUGGCCAAAAAAGCUAAACUGGAUUUGAUAAAGUCUGAACUCAGAGUUGGUGCAUUAGUCUGGGCAAAAGUGAAAGGUUACUGCAGAUGGCCAGCCAUUGUUACUGAGGAUCCACUGAACCAUCUUCAUGGUGAAUGGGAUAAUUUUGAAAUGAUUUCAUAUCAUGUUGAGUUUUUAGGAAACAACAGAUCACAUGGCUGGGUCAGAACUAAUUGCAUUGAAGUUUUUGGUCCAGGAAAUGUAGAUAGAUUGCCUGUAAAGAAAUCUCAAAACCACAAGAAAACCAAAAAAAGAAAAAGUAUUCGUGCUACUGUCACCUCAAAGCUCAAUGAAAAAAGUUCGUUUAAAGGACUUGCUACAGUAAAUGAAGCAAUUGCUGAGGCUAUGGAACUGUUGUCUUUGCCAUGUGAAGAAAGGUUAAAAACAUGUUGGUUUAGGACAGAAGAGGAUCUUGCUACUCAUGCUGAGAAGAUAAAGAAGAAAUCCAUAAAAUCUGUUGACAAGAAAACUGAUGAACACAAAAGAAGUAAUCGGAAAAGAACCAUAAGCUCUCUGUGUCUUAAGUCGAACAUUUUUGAACAGAUGCACAAUAAAGAAAAUAUUAGUUUUCUAGCAUCAAAGGAUCAUGUACUAAAUAUAUCAAAUGAACAAUUACCAGUAAUGUCAGAGGAACAUGUGUCAAACCAAAAGUUGGAUUUAAAAUGUUUGGAGUUUAAAACAUCUUUGUUACAUUCCUCGAAAGAGGAACAAUUUAUUUUAGAUUUACAGAGAUAUGUGAACAAUGAAAAGGUUUUUGAAAAAGAUGUGACCAGAUUUAUGUUGUGCAAUAAUUUAAAGUUAGCACCUUGUCCUGACUGGCAAAACAUUGGAGUGACUUUAUUUAGUUUGUUCCUGGCUGUUCAUGAAAGAGGAGGGUAUUGGAAGGUAUGUGAAAAACAUCAAUGGUCCUCAGUUUAUGCAGAGGUGUCUCAGCAGUACAACAAAUAUGGAGGUGCAAAGGCUAAAAGAUUUUAUAAAAAAAAUCUCUAUGUGUAUGAGCUGUAUGUGAAAGGAAUGGCCUAUGAUGAAUUGUUAAUAGAGCUCAUCAGUCCCAACAAAAAGUCAUCCAAGUUGUCUUCUUGUUUUUAUGAGAAUAGCACAGACUGCUGUAUCAAUAACUCUAGUUUAGUCAGUCUAGAAGAGGAUCAAGAAUUUGAUAGUCCAGAUGUUCUGAAAGAACUAAAUGAGCUAGAUCUAAUUCUCAAGUCCUUGGAAAAUGAUGAAUCAAAUGAAAAUAAUGACAGAGUAGUGCCUAUGGUAAGUUGUGGAGCUAACAUUGGGCCCAGCUCUCCUGUGUUGAAAGCUGUAACAGGAUCCAAUUUUGGUGAAGCUGAUGAACCAGAAGAGAAAGCUCAAGUAGUGCCUGACCUGGACUUCCCAAGUUCUGUCGAGAGCAGCCAGUUCUCUGAACAGGAACAUGUCUAUCAUGAACUGCAAGCCUUACAGCAUGAAAUGGACUUUAUUCAGGAUGAAUUGAAUGUCAUCUAACAAUGAAAUCAUGUUUUCUUAGGUAUUGAUGUCAGAGAACCAGUGUGUUUGUAUCAUGUUGACUAAGGCAUUGCACCCCAUUAAUGGAAUGGGUUGAGUUACAUAUAAAAUAAAUUGUUUGACAGUUUUCUA